AUGAUUUGCUUUUCGACCCAACCCCUGACGCUUGCGGGCCUUCUUCAUUCUCAUGCCAUUGAGAUCGACGAUGAGCCCGAGUAUCUUGAUCUGGAUGGCCGUUUCCUAGAUGUGAGCAAGCUCCAAGAGAUAUUCACUGGCUUAAUCAUGAGUGUUCAAUACGAGCAUACCGCAGGCCCGACUAAGGGAAAUCUUUACGUACAAUUCCCCCACUUCUCAGUGCAAGAAUACUUUCGGUCGGGUUAUCUCAAAGGAGAGGCAUGA